GAUACAGCAAAAUGGCGCCUACCACGACCGAGACCAUGAUCAUCGAGAUCGUCGACGAGUCCCUCGAGGCCGCCGGCAUCAGCCUCCCCUACAUCAAGAAGCAGCUGGGUGACAAGUACCCCGAGGACUUUGGCGAGAUGAACCCGAAAACGGCAAAGAAGGCGCGUCGCCACGCGUCGCCCCUUGUGGUGAAAGCCGUGAAGUCCGCGGAGGCCAAGUCGCUGAUUAAGAAGGCGGCGCGCGGCGAGAAAUGGCGCACGAUCCAAACCAUUCCCAAGGGCGCGAAGAAGCAGCCGGCGGCCAAGCCGCAAAAGAAGAAGGUCAAGGCGGCGGCCAAGGAGCCCGAGCCGGUCGUCGCGGACGAGUCCUCGGACCCCGACGAGGAGGAGUGAACGAUGCGCUCGACGCCGAGUCCCAAUCCGUUUGACCGUCUCAUGGGUUGGCUCUCAGACUCUCGCGAGGUGAGGGCCCAGCGUGGGAAAGGUGGGCGCGCCGCGCGUGCCCCCCCGUUUUGUGCUCGGUCUUUGUCUUCAAAAGGAAUCUCCUCCGCGUGU